UUCCCAUUCCACCAUAGAAGCUUAACAGCUUCUUUCUUAGUUCUAAGUGUGCCUUACUAUUUUCUCUAUAUAUCGUUAUUAUAGUCAUCAGGAACUGUAGUUGCAGUUCCUUAUGCAGGUUUUUACCCGGCGCCAAGGAGCACUUUUGUGCUUCUGGUUGUCUGUGCUAUUUCUGGUAGUAGGCUUCUGCUAUGGUGGCGACCACACCACAGUCCAGGUAGUUGGACUCGGAGAAUGCACAGACUGCAAUGCUAAAAAUAUUAAAACUAGCCAGGCUUUCUCAGGACUACGUGCAACAGUAGAGUGCAAAGCAGCAAGUGGGGACUUUGAAAGGAGAGGGGUUGGUGAGCUUGACGAAAAUGGAAACUUCAAAGUGUCCCUUCCAGAUGACAUUGUGAAAGCUGAUGAACUCAAAGAAGAAUGCUAUGUUCAGUUACUCAGUGCAUCAGCUGCUCCUUGUCCUUCCCAUGAUGGUCCUUUUAGCACCAAAAUUGUUAUCAAGUCAAAAGGUGUCGACAAACACACACUUGGUCCUGCUGGAAAACUCAAGUUUUCUUCAGAGACAUGCGCUUCUGCUUUCUUCUGGAAGCACCACCCUCUCAUUCCUAAGCUUCCUCCUCAUCCACCCAUCACCAUCCCUCCAAUAGUAUUUCCACCGUUUCCACCAAAGAUUUUCCAUAAACAUCCUCCACCUGUGUAUACUCCUCCGCCUGUAUAUACUCCUCCUCCUGUUGAACCUUCUCCUCCUACUAAGCCUCCACCAUCCCCUCCAAAACCACCAAAACCAUCCCCUCCAAAGGAGCCUCCUCAUCCAAAACCACCAAAACCAUGUCCCCCAAAGGAGCCUCCUCACCCAAAACCACCAAAGCCUCAUCCAAAACCACCAAAACCAAGUCCCCCAAAGGAGCCUCCUCAUCCAAAACCACCAAAGCCAUGCCCUCCAAAGGUUAAGCCUCCUCUUCCACCAAAACCAAGUCCCCCAAAGGAGCCUCCUCAUCCAAAACCACCAAAGCCAUGCCCUCCAAAGCCACCAAAGGUCAAGCCUCCUGUUCCACCACCGGUUAAGCCUCUCCCCCCACCGGUUCCAAAGAAGCCAUGCCCACCAAAGCAUCCCCUUCUUCCUCCACUCAAGCCACAUCCACAUCCACUUCUUCCUCCACUCAAGCCACUUCCACCUCUUCCAAAACUUCCUCCAAAGCACUUUUUCCAUCACCCCAAAUGGCCUCCGGUUCCCCCAUCUUCUUCUCAUCCUUAGGCUAUAACGCAGAGCUAGAUUACUCUUGGGUUUACAAUGCGUGCAUGUUUUUUGUCCUUUUUUAAGUGCUUUCCCUAUGAUCAACGAUUGAGGAAGUUUGUUGUUGCUAAUAAAGCCUCCCGAAGGAUAUUGCAUUUGAUGUGAAGAAAGCAUAUAUCAGUCAGAUAUGGAGAAAACAAAUAGAGCAUUUGAUUGAGAAGUUUGAAAUGUUUAUUUGAAUUUGAGUGUGAUAAUUGGUGCUGUUCUGAAUGAGCAAAGUUAGAGAACCAUAGAUAUUCUAUUUGUCGUUGAAUGAUUAUUUCUGGUGUAGAUAAGUGCAGUGUGAUGGGAUAGUUAAGCCUUCAUUAUGUCAUUUUCAGAGAAUAAGAAUGUAUAUUUACGUAUGAUUACUUAAUAGUUACAAGCUUUUAAUAUGUUCUUUUUA